AGGGAAACACAAUAUAAUUUGUACGUAUGAUUAUAAAAAAUGGGAUUGACAAAGCGUAAUUUGUUUUUGUUCUUUGUUUUGGUUGUUCUAGUUGUUAGCAUUGAGGCACAUAUUAAGGAAUUUGAUGAUGUGUGGAAGAAGCGAGCCCAACAAGCAAAGAAGGCCGCUCGACAUGCCUAUAAUCCUAAUCCUAAGAUUGUUGCUGACCAUCUUAACUACCAAGUUGACAAGGUUGUACGAGGCAGCAAUAGCAGAAGAAGGGACCUGCACAGGUACAACGGAAAAUGCAUGGCUAUUAAUCCUAUAGACCAGUGCUGGAGGUGUGAUCCAAACUGGGCUCGGAACCGCAUGAAAUUAACAGAUUGCGUCCUUGGCUUUGGUCGCAAGACGACGGGAGGCAAAGGUGGAAAAAUCUAUGUAGUAAUGGACAAUUCAGACAACGAAUUAGUUAAUCCUAAGCCGGGCACAUUGCGCCACGCUGUGAUCCAGCCAGAGCCACUUUGGAUUAUAUUUGCUAAGAAUAUGGUAAUUAGGCUUAACCAGGAGCUUAUCAUGACAAGCAACAAGACGAUUGAUGCUCGAGGAAGGCAAGUGCACAUUGCUCAUGGUGGUGGCCUUAUGUUACAGUUUGUACACAAUGUGAUUAUUAGUAACCUUCACAUUCAUGAUACUAAGGCUGGUAGUGGUGGGUUAAUUAGAGACUCUGUCAGUCAUUAUGGUUAUCGAUCGAAAAGUGAUGGUGAUGGAAUUUCAAUCUUUGGAUCAACAAAUGUUUGGAUCGAUCACAUUUCCAUGUCCAAUUGUCAGGAUGGUCUCAUUGAUGCUGUUGAGGGUUCCACUGCCAUUACCAUUUCCAAUUGCCAUUUCACCAAGCAUAAUGAUGUCAUGUUGUUUGGUGCCAGUGAUACUGCCUCAGGGGACUCUGUUAUGCAAAUCACACUUGCAUUCAAUCACUUUGGGCACGGUUUGACGCAGAGGAUGCCGAGAGUUAGAUGGGGAUUUGUUCAUGCUGUCAACAAUGAUUACACACAUUGGCUUAUGUAUGCCAUUGGAGGAAGCAUGCAUCCCACCAUCCUUAGCCAGGGGAAUCGUUUUAUCGCUCCUCCAAAUCCUAAUGCCAAAGAGGUGACCAAAAGGGACUAUGCACCCGAGAAUGUGUGGAAGAAUUGGGUGUGGAAAUCACAGGGAGAUCUUAUGAUGAACGGGGCAUUCUUUGUAGAAUCUGGAGAUCCAAAACAUGCAUUCUUGAAAGGUCCUGAUAUGAUCACCUCCAAGCCAGGAUCAUUCGUGAGCAGCCUGACGCGAUUUUCAGGCUCUCUCAAAUGCAUUGAGGGGAGGCCUUGUUAGAGCAUUUUCAGCCUCAACAACAAAAUAAAAUAUUUACAAUACAAAUAGUACCUAUAAAGUGUAUAGAGUUAGCGAUCUGCUCCCUUUCUCCUCUUAUUUACCAAGCUGGUGAUUGGACUGAGGGAGAAUGAGUGUUGAGUAUUGUACAUUGGCUUCUAUAAGUUCUUCAACAAUUUUGUUUUUCGUGUAUUAAUAUAGUAGAGAAAUAUUAAUCAAAUAUGUUGUUACUAGUUGCGGUGAUUAUUUUCCCUGACUAAGGACAUUCAAGAGGGAGUUGCUCGAAUAGUGAGCACCUCUCACUUCACUU